AUGAGCGAAUCAACAUUCACAGAGCUGCAGCGCUGCGUUCGAGAGCCGACACACUCGGAAAUCCUCUCGAUGCUGGACGAACUACAGCACGGGGACGAACAAGCGAAAGAGGUCGCAGCACUGCAAUGUUCCUGCCUCGCUACACGCGGAGACGGAGACAUGCUACGUCGCGUCGGACUGUUGCCUCUACUGACUUCUCUUCUCUCUGAGGGCACUUCAAACCAGCAACUCUGGGUGGCUGAAGCUAUCGUGACUCUCGCUAGUAACAGCGACGACAACUGCGUGGCAAUUGCACGUGAAGGAGCCAUCCCACCGCUGGUUACACUGUUGCGUUCCGAGUCGGAUAUGCACAAGCAGGAAGCCACUUACGCGCUGGGAACUCUGGCUGCAAACAACGCGGUGAAUCGAGCGAAAAUCGCUCGCGAAGGAGCCAUUCCCCCCCUGGUGGCGUUUGUGAGAGCCGCGACGGAUGCGCAGACCCAAUGGGCCGUCUACGCUCUGGGGUUUCUAAGCAGUGGAGUGCGUACACUCUGGGGAAUCUGGCUCAUAACGACGAGAACCGAGUAG